CCUGGUAUAAAAGCUCCUGCAAUUUCGCAACGAAGUUUAAAAGUUGUCGAAUUGCUAGCUCGAGAAGUUCACAGACUGGACUUGUUGAGCGGCCACGGUUAUAACUGGCCGUCAUGGAGCUGUUAAAGACGUGGUUGUUGCUGGCUUGUGUCGCUGGAGCGUAUGCUGCUCCUCUUUCAGCUUUGGGAUCCAGACACUGUUCGAGAGAAACAUGCAACGUCGCGAAUGCCAGAUACGAAGUAGGAACAAAAUACACCUACCACUACAAUGCUGCGUCAGUCACAGGGAUCAGCAUCAAUGGCACCUCAGAGCGGGAAGGCUGGCUGAAAUUCGACUGUAACGCUGAGAUCGAAGUCAUCAGCCCCUGCGAACUCACCCUCACGCUGAGAGAUGUCGCCGUGUUCGAGUCCAAUGCCAAUGGCGACAUCGUUGAAGCGACAAAUAAUGUUGACAUGGUCCGUGAGCUGGAGCAGAACGUCUUACGGUUUGCCUUUCACGAUGGUGUGGUCACAGACGUCUGCCCCACCAGUGAGAAGACGUGGGCCCUCAACUUCAAGCGGGGCAUCCUGUCUGCUCUCCAAGCACCUGUCACUGAGAUGCCAGUCAACAAGACUGAAACCAUUGUCACCGAGACUGACGUUACAGGUAAAUGUCCCACCAAGCUUACGCGAUCGGAAUUCCCAGGAUCCAUCAAGAAGUACAAGGAUUUUAAAGGCUGCGAACACCAUAACAAGCUGGAGGGCAGCAUUCAGGCCACCAUGCUCAAGGCGGACGCACCCCUGUUGGACAUCUGGGACUGCUCCCUUGAGUGUGAAGUCUCCUUUGCAGACUCCAACAUUGUCUCAGAAUCAGUCUGCAAGGAGCGCCACCUCUCCAAGGCCUUUUCCAAGCAGACAUCUGGCGCACUGAACCUGGUCACUGUCACCAUCGAGCUCACAAGUCAACAGGAAGCUACUCCACCCACGAGCACCGCCAUCGAGAGGCGGACCACCAUCCUGUUUGACCACGAGGAGGCCCAGACAGAGCCGCAGGAGGAGACCCUGGCCAAGGCCCGUCAGCUCCUCACAGCCAUCAACCGCCGCGCCACCAAGAGCGUCGGCCUGGACAUGCCCAACCUUUUUUCGGACCUGGUCACCGAGAUGCGCAAGGUGGACACCCAGUCGGGCAUGAGGGAGCUUAGGGAGUUUGCCGAGGGUCAGGGCAAAGCCCUGUUCACCAUUUUCAAGGAUGCCCUGCCGAUGUGCGAGACCACCCCUAGUGUGGAGAUGAUGACGUCCAUCAUAAGCGAGAUGACCGCCUCGACCGACGAGGCUGCCAAGAAGGCAUUCAAUGCGACGCGGAUCACCUGGCUGACCCUGCCGUCCAUGAUCAGUCAUCCCACCAAGGAAAUGAUCUCAGCCUUUAUGUCCGUGAUACAGACGCUGCCCGUAGAGGACACUGUGUUCUUCCUGCCCAUCUCCUCCCUCAUCAACAGGUACUGCACCUCGGAGAACCCAGCGUGUCUGGAGGAGGCGGAGGUCCGGGAGGCCCUGCAGUACUUCCAGCAGCUGCUGGGCUACGACUGCACUCCCACCAAUCAGGUUCCAUCUCUCAAGAUGUUGAUGGCCCUGAAGGCACUGAGCAACGCCAGGUAUCUGUCCACCGACAGCAAGAUCAGCAUCAUCAACAACUGCUUUGACCACCACAACCCGAGUAAAGGGAUGGAGAUUCGCAUCGCCGCCCUAGAGGUGGUCAGGCGUCUCCCCUGCAAGCCAGAAUACCAAACGCUUGCCGUAGCUCUGUACAGGAAUCAGCACUUUGACACUGAGCUGCGUAUCGGGGCCUACCGUGCCAUCAUGACCUGCCCUAGUGAGAACAUCAUGGAAGUCGUCAAGGAAGUCCUGAUGGAGGAGGAGAGUGACCAAGUUGGAUCGUACGUCUGGACCCACCUGUCCAACUUGAACGACACCAGCGAUCCCCAGAAGCAACACCUCAAGAAGUGGGUGCGGGACAGCGGUAUCAUGGGCCCUGCUGCCAAGCGGGACCUGCGCAAGUUCUCUCGCAACAUGGAGCUGUCCUGGUACAAUGAUGCAACGGCCAGCGGCAUGACCCUCGAUGCUGACAUGAUCUUCUCGACCAAAUCCUUCCUGCCCCGGGAGCUGAGGGUCAACAACACGGUCUCCCUCUUUGGCUAUGCCAUCAAUCUCUUUGAGAUCGGAGGUCGCCUGGAGGGCAUGCAUCACAUCCUGGAGUCCAUGUUUGGGCCGCGGGGCUACCUGAAGGAGAACUCGGUCCAGGACCUCCUCCAGGAGUACCAGCAGAAGCAGCAGGAGGCCUUCCUGGACAGCCUGCCGGACGCCGGCCCAGCCGAGAUGCCCGAGGGCCUGCCCGAGGGUGUCACCCCGGAGAUGUACCGGCAGCUGCUGCGCAUGCUGCAGUUCCAGCGUAAGAUGUUCGGUGGCCAGCUGCCCCUGCCCAUCCCCGGUGACCCCAUGCCAUCCGGGAUGCCCAAGGGCAUGACCCAGGAGCUCUACGACGAGCUGCUGGUCUACUUCAUGAGGGAGGGCCUGCCAGAAGACAGACAGAAGAGGCACCUGAUCAAGGAGAGCAGUAUCAAUGACAUCGAGUCUGAGUUCCAUGCCAACGUUGAGGACAAGCCGCAUGCCUCCCUCUACUUUAAGAUGUUCGGCAAUGAGCUGGCCUACAUGGACAUCGCUAAGAUCAAGACCAGGCUGACGGAGAUGAAAUCCAGCAUGAACCCCAUGAAGCUGCUGAUGGAGUUGGCCCAGGAGCAGACGCACGAACUGAGCAAGAACGCCCUGCUGCUGGACGGGUCCUGGACCACCCCAACAGUCAUGGGCCUGCCCCUCAAGCUGGCCGUCAACGGGACCGUCUCCAUGAAGGUCCGCACGGAGGGCAAGAUAGACAUGCGUGGCAUCCUGAUGGCUCCUCGGAGCUUUGAGAUCAACGGCGUGGUGGAGCCCAGCGCUGCCUUGGAGGUCAGCACCAGCAUGGAGGUCGUGGCUCGCCAGACGCACUCCGGAUUGAACCAGGUCUCGCGCCUCCACUCCUCUGUUUCCCUAGGAGGCAAGAUCCAGGUCACCAACGGCAAGGCGUUCGUCCUGGAAAUCAACGUCCCCGACGAGAAGCAAGAGAUCAUCGAUGUCAGUUCUAGCAUCUAUCUCCGGCUGCAAGACCAGUCCCUAGAGUUGAAUGGAAUCCCCGAGCGACUGGACAAAUCGUACUGCUCGGGACUACUGACCACCAGGUACUUCGGCAGCCAGAUCUGUGCCGAAAUUGCCUUCCCUAAAUCCUAUGCCAAGAACACCUACCCGCUGUUUCCCCUGACGGGUCCUUCCCACAUGCUGGUGACUUUAGAGAAGACCGACCCCACGCUCGCUUCUUGGAAGCUGGAGGGCUCAUAUGGACUGGACAAGGAGACCAUCAACGGCGUCCACGUGCAGACUGACAGAUUCCACUUGAUGUUUGGAGCCCCGGGCACCGACAUACCCCGGACUUUCCAACUCGACGUCUCGUUCAACCGCAACGAGAAAGAGCUGAACUUGAACAUCAUCACGCCAAUCAAGACUGUUGAUGUGUAUGGCAAAGUGGUGAACAAUGAGAUGCUGCGGAAGUUGGAGACCUCGCUAACCCUGGACAAGACCAACGUCUACACCCUGGACGCCGAAGUGGAGUCACGCCCCACCGUGGUGGAGGGCGACCCCGUCAUCAACUUCUACCCGCGCAUGGACAUCACCAGCCCCCGGGGCAACGUGCUGCACUACCGCAGCUCCAUCAGCGUCCGGGACGGCCAGCAGACGCGCGUCAACAUGUGGAUGUCGCUGGACAGCCCGCGCACCGCUCUGGUCACUGUAACCGGGGACGUCGUGAAGACGGAGAGCUCCAGGAAGAUCCGGUACAGCAGUGACCUACAGAUAACCGGCCGCUACGUCAACGUCAACGUCUCCGCCGCCUGGCAGAAACAGAAGCAGGACAACAUCAUCACGGUGGAUGCCAUGGUGUUGCGACGCAUCAACGGAGAGGUCGCCAGAGAUGUCCACAUCAAUGUGAAGUACACCAACAGAUCCACUGAGGACCGCAAGGAGUGGGAUUUGAAGACGGAAUGGAUUUUCGCUCGAUAUCCUCUCCUGAGUUUCCUGUUUGAGACUGAGUACGUCGGCCCCGCAGGUUCCUCUGAGGCUACCAGUAAGCUGUGCUAUCGUUACAACGGAGCAGAAUGCGGCCAAGACACCAAGGUUGUCAUGAGCCAUCUCCUGACGUGGGAAUCCUCUGAGGCUCAGACGAUUGAGAAUCUGAACUUCAAGAUCCGCAACCCAGCAAACAGUAUUAACCUGGAGUUCCAACAGCAUUCUGUCUCUAACUCCAGCCACCCGGUGGACUUCUCCUUCUCUGUCUUCAACAAGACCUCCGAGGUGGAGGUGAUCAAUGCCGGACUGCACGUCCGCACCCUGAGCCAGGAGCCCAUCCGGGGCGACUUCCUGGCCUCCCUGCAAUCCCAGACAUGGCGAUAUGCCCUACUGCAGGACUGGGACUUUGUGGAGGGCGGCAGGGCAGUCCUGAACACCGCCGUCCAUUGGGACGACCAGCGGGCCACUUUCAGAGUGACCUUCACCCCGACCAAUGACGAGACAGGCCUCGAGCGCUACGACUUCAACUCCUUGCUGACCUACCCACUGGGGAGUGCCUCAGUCAACUGGUACGCCUGGAAGAGGGGCUACGACUUCUCCCACGGGGCCUCCGCCUCUCUCAUCGAUCAGUCCCUGUUUGCUUAUCGGAUCGACUUCACCAACCGCACCGUGGUGUAUAACCAGCCCAUCACCAGUGUAGAUGCUUCCUUUAACAUCACGCGUCCCAUGAGCCCCAUCUCCGUGAUGCUGCAUGGCAGCUUAGGUGAGUCCAGUAUCGAGGGAGGAUUCAAUGUCACCCGGGGAGACACCAAGAUCUUCACGUCUGGGUACAGCACGACUUUUGGAGUCGGUGAGAACCUGCUGAGCGAGAGAAGCAGCAAGAUGUUUAUUGAUGUGGAAAUCCCAGAGAGGGAUUUCAGCCUGGCCCUCAUGGAAACGUCAACCAUGAGCAGCGACACAUCCAAGUACGAGCGGUCACUUCACGUCAACGGCAGGCUUAUUUACUACCAAAACACUGUCAUGACCUUCACCACAAAUGAAGAAACGGGAAGUUAUGAUGUCACGCUUGACCAGACUCAGAACAUGACCUUUCCCCUGCCCGGGUAUGAUUACAGGCUCAUCUUCAGCAUGAUCAAUGGCAACCACAACCAUCAGCUUGUCGUUCGCAGAGGUAAAGUGCCUAUUUUUUUGCUGAAAAUUGGCUACGACAAGGAGAUUUUUGUUGCUGAAGAGAUGGACAAGAAGAACAGCCUGCUGGCUGGAACUGACCAUCACCAGGUCCGAAUCCUCCUCCAAACCCCUCUGGCCAUCAUGAAGAACGUCCAGUGGAAUGGAACCCUGGACCUGGCCCCGACCAACUUCAACUUUGACACCCGUCUGCUGUACUUCCCCAAUCAGGAGCGGCCCUUCGUCCUGACCGUCCACUACCAGAACAAGAGUGACGAGCUGGUCACCCACAAUGAGCUGACCACGACCUUUGAGACCCCUAAGCGCCGCCUCAGCAUCUUCAACCGGGCCAAGUUUGACUUGGGCUCGGGCGUUGUCCAGGGACUGUCCUCCGUCGAGAUUGGAGUUAUAAAUGCUAAGCAGGACAGGUUUGAAUUCCAGGUGGAGUAUACCAACAAGACAGAGGGUGAGACGAACUCCAACACGCUGCUACUGACCCUCACCUCCCCCGAGAACACCAUCACGACAGAGGGCAGCCUGAGCUACGUCCAAGGAGCCACCUACAGCACGUCUGUCACUAUCCAGGUUUCUGAGGUGUCCAUCUUUGCAGUGGAUGUCACUGUAAGGAAUGACUCAGACAGCACUCGGAAGGCCUUCGAUGUGGACUCCAAUUUCAAUUUCUUUGAGCACCAAUUCCGAAUCCAUACUGUGCACAAUCAGGAUGCCAACUCCUUCCACCCCAAUGUCAAGGUUUACCGUGCUGACCAGAUGAAUCCGAUUGCCGAGGCCGACGUGACUUACUCGAGAGUCGACGGGAUGACUAAGAUCCAUACCGUGACAAUCACCCUUAAAUCUGAAGACAUCGACCCUGUGACCGUCAAUGCUGUCUACACUAACGGCUCAGCCACAGAGAAUGUCCACGUCAUUAUUUCCACCUCGGAAGACAAUAACCUGGACAUCCUGUUCACCCUGGCCAUGGGAUCAUCGGAAACCGAACGGGAAACCUAUGAUGUGACAUUCCAGGUUGACAACACCUACCUCCCCAACAGACAGUUUGAGCUCACUACCCACUUUGGCAUCGCUGACAAUCAGUACAACCUGAACUCUGGCUUGAGAAUCUCCGAGGAACCAAUGAUCAACAUCGUGUAUUCAUUUGAAAACACUUCCCCCUCGGAGGCGCACUCCCGUAAAAAUUCACGCCUGCGGAUGAGCUUCCCCCAGAUGACGGACUACCCCGCCCUCCUCAACCUGGGCCUCCGCUGGGACUGGGAUGACAUGCUGGACGUGUCGGUCAUGCGCAAGGGAGAGCUCCGCUGGGGUCAGCUGACCGACGCGGAGGCAGCCUCCCUGCGGCUGACCAUCCAGAAGGACCUGAUGGAGAUCCAGGUGGUCCAGCCCAUGGACCUGCCCCCGCUCCCCAGAGAGAUGAACCUGGUGCUGAGGAACAACACGGAUACCACCGUCAGGAGCUCCUUUGAAAUCGAACUCAAUGACGAGGACGCGAGACUCAUGAUGCUCUCGGGCUCUUAUGAGCGCGUCAAUGGCAAUUGGUACAAACAUCGAGCUAUCUUGAACUUUAUCAGGCCGGACCAUGAUGAUAUUCGACUCAGCUUGACCACCGACUGGAUGAACGAGAAAAUCAUCUUCGGCUCGGACCUGACCAUCAGAUACAGCGAGGAUGACCGGAGAGAAGUGAAUGCCAUGAUCCAAGUGGUGAACCAAACCAGCACUGACAGCGUGGGGUACGAUUUCAACAUGGCCUUGGAGCACUUAGUCAGUGGCCUGGACAUGAGCACAACACUUGCCUACCUGGACAACAAGAAGACCAUCUCGGUCGGCAUUGAGGGCCAAAUCCUUGUCGAGAAUGAACCCCAGCCCUUCACCUUCGAGUUGGAUUGGGACAAGAGACAAAAGGAGUACACCGUCUUCAUCAACUCACCCUGGGAUGACAUGGUGUUUACUGGUCAUUUUGAGAGCCGCUCUGAAGACUACCAGAUCUACCGCCUGACCAUGACCAACACAUACGAUAGGACCCGCAUCAUGAACUCCAUGUUUGAGUUCAACAGCCUGCUGAAGGAAAUCUCUUACAGAGUCAACUACAACCCAGACAUUCCCAAUGAUUUCAUCCGCUUCUGGGCCGGCUUUGUCAACGAUACGGCCCUCCAGGCCCGGCUGGACUCCGAGAUGAAGGGCGAGUACCACGUGGAUGCCAGUCUCCUCCUGGCACUGGAAACCCCCAAGAUCCUCCAAAGCCACCUGCAGUGGAGACCCGAGUGGGUGGAUUUCUGCCGAGACACUUACGCGAACGUCUACGACAGCUUCAUCAGACAGAUGGAGCAACGCCGCAAGAACAUGGCAGCCAGCCAAGGGAGCAUGCGGGAACUCGUCCAGGCCUCCUACCAGGAUUUCUUGGAGAGCAACGCCGACAUCAAGACCACCCUGGAGGACAUGAAGGAGCGAUUCCUGGCCAAGCUCGAGGCCAAGAAAGAGCAAGUGGAAGACAUGAUGGAGGACCUUCAGACGAGAUCCACAAGCUACUGGAACCAGUUGAAGGAAGACUGGGAACCACACCGUCUGGCGAUGGAGGCCAAGCUGGAGGAAAUGAGAGUGAAGUACAGGAACUGGGCCAUGGAGGUUGAGAAGACCGCCGCCGGCUACACAAACACCACCAAAGCUCGUGUGAAGGCCUUCUACAACAAGCACGUCAAGCCCGUCCUGGAGGAACUGAAGGAGCUGUUUGACACCCUGUCCAGGCAGCACCAGGUCCAAGUGGAACUUCUCCUCCCUCACAUGAGGCCUUUCAAUGACUUGUUCCCAGUGGCAGAACCAGAGCCGGAGCGUAACAAUCCACCGCAAUACGUGAUCGGGGGCCAAGAGGACGUUGGUUUUUACAGCCCCGACGGUGCCAUCAUCCAGACGUCAGUCAACGUUCCCGGCAGGGAGGUGAUUGUUGAAGCAACCGGGGACGUCCUGUACGCCCGAUGGGUACGCAUGACCCAGCUCAAGGUCUGGCAAGACAUCGAAAAGCUCUUUCAUGACACAAUGGCGGAAUUUGAAGCCAUCCUCGCUGAGAUUGACGAGGAGUUCAAGCAGUCCAACCUGUACCUGGACGGGAUGGAGCAGUGGGAGGCACUGAAGGAGCAGUUCCCCGUGGAGCAGUGGGUGGCUGAGGCGCAGGCCAAGUUCGAGGAGAUCAGGGAGUCGGAGGAGAUGCUGGAGUUGAUCGACGCUUUGUCAUCACUGAGAGCAGAGUUGACAGCCCCCGACUUAGACGCGGAGAUGGCCCUGACCCGAAUCCGGAAUCGCAUUACCCAGUCCCUGGAGGGCCUGAAGCUGGAGUUGCUGGAGUACCUGAAGACCCCCAUCUACGAGGUGGUGACCUUUGACCCGGACGACGGCGACAUCCUGGUCCGCGUCUACCUCCCGAUCGAGGUCCACAGCCUGCUGGAAUUGCCCGAGUCCUUGCGCCAGUUGCAGGUGCCGCAACAGCUGCGGGAGCUGAUGGACGAGGUGCGAGAGCGCUCCAAGCACACCCUGGGUGAGAUCACCCUGUGGGACGGCAGCAAGCACAGCAUGUACGAGCUGAUGCUGAACGAGCCCGUCCUGCUCUUCAAGGAGGGCAACUUCAGCCAGUGGUUCCAGGGGCAGGAGAUCAAGGCCCGACGCCAGUUCUGGGAGGCGGUGCACCUGGGCAAGCUGUACCUUAACCCUGUUAACUGGAUCCCCCCUCACCAAGCCAAUGCAAUGAUCGUGGGCAGCAAUCACUACAUGACCUUUGACCGCACCUUCUACGACUUCAGCAGCAGUUGCAGCUUCCUCCUGGCCCACGACUUCAUCGACGGCAACUUCACGGUGGUCGUGGAUUACAACCGCGAGGGCCCCACUAGAACCAAGAGCAUUGUGCUGUACAUGAACUCCACCACAAGCUUUGAAAUUCAAAGCGACUUCACGGUGAUGAAGGGCAAGCAGUUCCUGGAGCUCCCUGUGCAACAUGGCCGCACCACCAUCACCCGCGAGCUGAACAGCGUCCGCAUCCACAACACCAACGGCAUCACCAUCACCUGCCAGGUGGCCUGGGACCUCUGCCGCGUCAACAUCAGCGGCUGGUACUUUGGCAAGACGGCGGGCCUGUUUGGCACCUACAACUACGAGCCCCGCGACGAUUUCACCAAGGCCAAUGGCGACACGGCACGCCAUAUCGAUGACUUCACCCGCAGCUGGAAGGUGGGCAGGCGCUGCUCGGCUGCCACCACUGAUCAGCUGCCCGCAUGUAACAGCGACCCCGAGCAGGAGGCCAACACCCUCUGCUCCGCCCACUUCUUGGACGGUACAUCCAGCCUGACUCAGUGCCUUAAUGUGGUGGAUCCCGCACCCUUCUAUGACAUGUGCAUCAGCAAGGCGUGCCAGCUGUCUGCCGAGGAACGCAAGGAAGAGGCCUGCCGCUCUAUCAAAGCCUACGUGGACGAGUGUAAGCGGUUGGGAGUGGGCAUCAGCAUGCCUGACAUGUGCGUGGUGUGCAACUCACCCGACGGUGAGUUCCAGCAGGGUGAAGCCAGGGAGCUAACGGAGGACAUCCCAAGGUCUGCCGAUGUCGUGGUGCUCGUGGAGGAGAAGCUCUGCAAUCAGGACAGGCUGGACCAUAUCGCUGAGAUAGUGGACGUCCUGGACACGGAGCUGAAGAACACUCGCCAGUUUUCUGACAACCGGUUUGGCCUGAUGGGCUUCGGAGGAGAAGGGGUGUACAACCUCCCCCACGUCCACACCAUCGACGGCCAGAUCUUCAACGAGAAGCGGCCGCUGAGCAUGCAGGGGCUGCCGGAGCUGCAGUUUGCAGAGGACGGCAGCAAUGAUACCUUUGCCGCCAUCUUGGCCGCCGCCAACUACCCCUUCCGCGCCGGCGUGGCUAAGCACAUCAUCCUCCUGUCUUGCUCAAAGUGUCAGCGUCUCUACCACCUGGACAAGGCCUACAAAGAUGUGGCCAGGGCUGUCCUGAGACAGGGCAUCCAGCUGAACCUGCUCAUGGAUGCCUCAUUGGAGCUGGUACCAACUCGAGGCAAGAACACCUCGCCCAAGAACCAAGUCAUCUACGGCAUGGACAACCGCACGGUCUUCACCAACAAGGCCCUGAGCUCCGGCCGCCUGGUGGGCGACAAGUCCCUGCGCAAGCUGGUGAACGAGCCCAUCAACCAGUGUGCCCUUCUGGCCUAUGAGUCGGGCGGCGCCCUCUUCGACUCCUCCAAGAUGGCCCAGAAGAAGUUUGCCGACGUCCUGACCCAGCGGAUGGUGGAGGAGACCCAGCUGGAGCCUUGUCAGCUCUGCAGCUGCCGGGACAACGGCGACGGGGUGGGCCACGCCUUCUGUGAGUCCUGCCGCAUAGCUGAGAAGCACCCCUGGCUCUUUGACGUAGAGCGCGUUGUUGCAGAGGCUCGAUAUUACGGCGAACUACACAUGCAGUCGUUGGUGGAUUACAUGAACGGCCAAUCUACAGAGAGUGUUGCGAUGGAAAGCACAUUGGUCAACAAAACCCCAAAGAAACAGCCGUAGAGAGAGAGUGAGAGAGAGGGAUUGAAGAUUAGAUGAAAAUACUGAGCUAACACGAUGAGCAGGUCCCUCAGCAAAACCGAAAAAAAAAAAUAUUAACUAGUGAAUCUGGAAGUCAUCAUUUUUUUACUAGAUCUGUGUCACACGUCCUUUUUUCUACAUUUUGGUUUUUUUUUAACAAGUUACAUAUGUAAAAGUAGACAUGCGUAAAACAAAGAGAAAAAAAUUCAAAAUGUGAUUGUGUCUGACAAUAUUCGUAAUUAACCCAGAAAUGUUUGGGAAAGAUUCAGUAUUAAUUUGUUAUUAAUAAUGACGUAUGUGUUUUCUGCAUUUCAAUUGUUUAUUGACUGAUUGUACACACUUGAUAUUCUUAUUACAAGUAGCUGAUGUGUAGUGCUCGUAUUUUUAGAACUUCCUUUUGUUUUUCUAAGCCUAGAGACUUCAGGCACCUCGCUUCAAUCAGUUUACUGUUGAAAAUAUAUAUACCUUUGUCGUGAUGCUGCCAUGUUUGUCUUGUUCCCUGUAGACCCUAUGGCAAUAGUAAUACAACUUCACAUAUUGAUAAAAGGGAACAGACUUGUUUUCCUUCCGGCUUCAUGUUUGGUUACAUUGCUUUGAAUGGUAGGAAACCAAGAUGGCUGCACCAUGAUAGAGGUCUAUGGACGAAUUCACUACCUGCCGCUUCAGCCAAGACCAUGUAUCAGAUAUGACUGAAGUAAAUUGGACCCAAGGAACUUUUGGAAAAGGCGAAUUUUUGUCAUGCUUAGAUGUAAAAACAGGUUUUCUUUUGAGGCUACCAUGUUGAUCGAAGUUCCAACAGUAUCUGAACAAUGGUGGUUCGACAUUGACAUGAAAAACAAGAAUUAGGUUUAUUUAAUGCCAUUUGCUUAAAGAUCUUGGGAGGGGGGGUCUUGUGGGAGUCUUUUUCACAUUUACAGUAUCUCCCACAUAAUCCAUGUAGCUUGAGGAAGGUUCUACCUCUCUGGUAACAGAAUUGGUCUGCAAGCAUUUGUAUAAAAAUUGUUGGCGAAUUUUUUACGUAGCCAAUUUGGAUAUAAAGCAUGAAGAAUAUAGUGGGUACCGGGCUCUAGGUGGUGUACGUUUUGCACAGUUCACAAAAUCAAUGAGAUCAAUUUAAGGGAAAAAUGCUGCAAUUACAAUGCAAGUUAAUUUUUUUUUUUAAUCUGGCGUUUCCCCUGUUUGCUCGGAGGCGGGGUUGAAGUUGAAAGGAUGAAGAUUCAGCAUUUCAGAACUUUCUCGCACAAAUGACAGACUGGAUAGCGCAAGUUAUAGCUAGGUUCACAGACACACACAAUUCAAAUUGAGUUGAAAGUUUUAAACUGACCCUUUCUGUUUUUUACGGGAUAAACCCCGCUCUCUGGCUCAAAAAAUGUCUGAGAGGGAUUGCAAGCUUGAGUACACCAAGAUGUGCCUCACUUUUUUUUUAAAUUUUGUAUGAUAUUUGUGUGAUUGUUAUGUUUGAUUGUCUAGAUUUUCAAAAAAAGUGAGUUUACAAAAAAUUUCCAGUCAGCCCUUGUGUUGGUGGUAAUUUCUCCCAUUAUUGAAGAAAAAAAAAAUCAUUGAUUUAAGAUUGUUCUGUGGUUGAUGUUUGCAUUUGGAAAGUUCACACUUAUGAUCAUGAAUAAAAAUACACUGCAUUACUUAUUAA